UGAACAUGGUUUUUCAUUGAUUAUCUUUACGGCAAAUUGUUAAUUUAUUCAUUAAUACAAAUAGAUAUACCGCUAUCAAAUAACUCAUGCAUAAAAUUUGUGUUUUUUUGUAAAUAUGUGUUGAUUUGUUGUACAUCUUAAUCACUUAAAAUGUUAAGCAGAUUUUCAGACGUAUUGCAAACCGCUGCGGACGUAUUAGCUCCGCCAGCGUCCCGGUACCAAGACUUUGAAUAUCACUGGAAGAUGAUAUUGAAUUUUUAUCAAAAUUAUGAAGAAAGCAAUAAAGUGCAUAUUGAAGAUACAAGAGUGCCACAUCACUUGCACCAAAUGUUUCAGCUUAUAGUCGAUGAAGAGAAAGAACAACAGGGAGGUACUGUAGGGCCCUGUCUGGAAGCAGUAGUACAAAGGUCGAUUGGCGUGUUGGAUGCUCUAGCGGUGCUUGCUGUGGCUGACCGGCCACCUGGAGCAAGGGCUAUGGCUCUAACGCUAGCUACGACGAUGUUGAGAAGAACUCAGCGGCCGUGUAUUAAUAGCGCUCAUGUGUACAGGCCCUUGCAGAGAAUGCUUGUCCAAUGCAACGAGAGCCCAGCGUCCCCAACCGAAAAAGAAGAGGUAGAACUCCUCUUAACUCUAUGUGGUCUCGUCCGGAAAGAGCCAGGUCUGGCGAACAUCUUCACAACUCCGUUUGUCGAAGAUAAAGCCAGCCUAUUAUCAAUACCGGAAGAUAUACAAAGGCUAAUACCGCUCAAGCGAAAACUUAGUACUCCAAAGAAGAACCCACUGUUUGAUGUGGACAUGACACCGCCGCUGCGAAGUGUGGCUAUAGUGAGAAAAGAGGAUACAACGCCAAACAGCUCCGUCGUUGACGAUAAUGGUUCGCUAAAGAGUCAGAAGACUGUGUAUGAUGAUAAUGAUAAAUUUCUGUUGAUUGAUCUGUUGUUGUCGUAUUUGAACAGUGCUGAUAAUCAAGUGGUCCUCCGCGCCUGCGAGGGCAUCAUGAUAGUGUCCUCCCUCCCGGAGGACGAUAUAGCCAACCUGGUGACCAGCUGCAGCCCGUGCUGCGAGACGAUUGUGGACAAACUGUGCACCAAGUACAGGGCCAUACCGAGCGAUGUGGACCCCAAUGAUGUGGACAAUUUGAACAUCACUUGGGCAUAUGUAGCCCAAGAUUUUGGUGACAAGGGCUACAACAAGUUCCACGGGUACAGAGAGUUGACCACUUUCUUCUCGUGGCUGGAUUACUGUGAUACAUUAAUGAAGGAAUGCCACCCAACGAUCGCGUCGCACUUAGCUCGCACGUUUCGUUCGAACUUUCUAGAAAGUGUCGAAAGUUGGCUGGUGCCGGAGUCGCCGAAGUCUCGCCACCAGCACACAGCGCUCACAACCGCUAUGCUGGCAAAGUGCUUGCGGGUGAUCGACUCCACAGACCUGAUCAGCGAAUUCAGUAACUGGUUGGUUGGAGAUGGGGAGGUGUCUGAGUGGCCUCUGUUACUGACUCUAAUAAACAACUGCCUUACUGAUGACUACGAUCUUUCGUUGGAGACAUUACGGUUCUUUGAGUCAUCUGCGAUGUUGUCUUUUGAUACGUACCAAUUUUCAGCUCUGCGUAUUUUUGGUUACAUACCAAUAGAUAUCGCAAUAUGUAUUCUAUCUCACAUACUUACGGUUCUCUUUCCGAUUUCCAGAGAAGCAAUGAAGCAACUGGAGCACGAGGACGCGAUCAAUGAACAAAUAACCGACAUCCUGUCGCACGAGGGUUUGGUCAGCAAGGAACAGGGUGAGAACGUGGAAAAUAUUCAUCGAGUUAUAAAUAGCUUCCUGCUGGUGCUGCCUCGCGCGCUUCUCUCCGACCCGGUCGGCGCUGACUACGAGCACUACAUACACGACGCGCAGAGACACUAUCAGCUAUGGUUGGACAUAACCGCCUCAUACCACUGGCCUAACGAACCCAACUGGAUGGACAAUACAGCUAGCUCCACCCACAGCUACGAUAGUCGACCAGAAGCAGACAUUCAUUUGGACGCUUUCGACACUUUACACGUAGCAGAAACCAAAAAACAUACAAGCAAAUUAGAAAAUGCUCAAUAUCAAAGAUCAAAUUCAGCAGCAUCGGCUAGCUCGUGUACAGAUAAAACAAAUUGUUCCACUGACACAUGUCAUAGAACUACAGAUAAUGUUGUUGUCAAAAGUGACACGUGCGAUACAGAUAAAAAAUAUGACAAUUGCGUGGUGACAGAUGACAGCGGCACAGAUAAGAAACGAAAGUUUUCUCAAACGUUAGUCUUACGCGGGAGUGAUGCGCAAUCGAGUGUAGAUGAGGAUUUCGACGAGGGACCAUUUUUAAAGAUGCUGUUAACGCUGUUAUCGCGAAUGCCCGAUCAGCCGUAUCAAGUGAAUUUGCACCUUACGUCCAUAAUAUCAAAGCUUGCUCUUCUCCCGCAUCCGAAUUUACACGAAUACCUGCUGAAUCCCAAUUUACCAGUAACAAAGAACACUCGCACGCUUUUUAAGACGAUGCAAGAGUUAGCUAAACGACUAACUAUGGAGAUACCCCGGUUGAAGAAUUACAAGAAAAUCAUUGAAAAUACAAGACUGCAGCUUAUGAGCGAGGAUCCUAGCUAUGACGAAAGCGGAGAACAUAACCAGUUAGUGGAAAGCUUGAUCGUCUUAGAGGAGUUUUGUAAGGAACUUGCAGCCAUUGCGUUUGUCAAAUAUCAACAUCUGAUUCAUAUGCACAGAUAAUAACAAAAAUAUAGACAACAAAAAUCUAUAUUUUUUAUAUGGCAAUAAAAAAAAGUAUUUUGCUAAUGCUUCCGCUUUAUGUACUUAAAGGAAAAAAAUAGUUUUUGAUCAUUAAUAUCAACUAUAUACGCAAUUACCAACUGGUUACCAGGAUAGAGUUGUGUUGCUUUGUAAAUCCGAUUUUAACUCAAAGGAAUAAGGUUGAAUUCAUUUUGUUGUAGGUAUACUAAUCAGCCAUCUUAUAGUCGCAUAAUUUAUUAUAUAAAUUAAUAUGUAUUGUGAAAUAUGACUACACAUUUAAGUAAUAGUAAUAAGAUUGAUUUUGCUGUUUAGUGUUUCUUUUUAUUAGAAUUUCACAUCUACAAUUGGCGGCAUUCUUUAGUAUGUUUUUGUAUAGGAUUAUUUUAUUUAUUUAUUUAAUCUGUAUUGUACAAUCUUCGUAAAGAAAUUAAGAUGUGUAUAUCGUUGAUUUUAAUGAUCGGAGGUUUUUUGUUUAAUUUUUAGAUAUUGUGUUAGAUUUCAUUUGUAUUUUUUUGUUCGUAUUGGUUGGUGUAAUGGAUUAUAAUGUUAAUGAUAAAAAUAAUAUAAAAAUGCAUUUAAUAUAUAGCAUUUGUUUGGAAGCACGUGUUAUUGUAUACAGCACAACCUCGGUAUAUUUUUGCAAGUAGAUGAGUAUUUUAUAAUAUGAUAGUACUUUCAAUUUCAUUCUUGUAUACAAAAUAAAGUCGGUCAAGUGCGAGUCGGAUUUCCCACAAUGAGGGUUCCGUACAAAUAGGCUAGAGAGCAACUGAAAAAAAAAUUGUCACCAGUCAAAUUCAAAAUCGAGCGAACCGUUGCUUAACCUUAAUUUUUUUUUUUUUUUUGGAAUAGCCGCAAUAGAAAUAUUUGACUCUGAAAGUUUCAACUAUCACGGUUCAUGAGAUUGAGACAUACAGACAGACAGAUGGACGGUAAAAUCUUAGUAAUAAAGUCCGACGUUAGACACUAGGUACGGAACCCCAACAAAACGGAAAACAUAUUCGUGCAAAUUAUAUAAAAAAUAAGAUCUUCUGAAUAUAAAUAGAUUUGUCUCGAAUAGAUAAUGAAAUUAAUGUAACAUUGUGUUCAACAAACAAAUAGGAUUAUAAUUACAUAUUGUAUCGUUCAAAAGUUCUAUAGCUUCAUAGACCAUAAGUUUCCAUAGCAUAGCAGAUCAGUAUGUAGUGCAUAAAGCAAUCUUUUUAAAAUCGUAAUUUUUCAACUCAUUUACAAAACAAAAUCUGUCCCAUCUAGACUAAUAAUAUAAAUUAAUUUUAUAAUUAUUCAAUAUUUAAAUCAUGUUUUAAAUAUCAGUUCAAUUUAAUUAUACUCUGUGAAAUAAAUUUGAUUCUACAGCGGCACGAACUUAUCUUUGAAAUGGCGAAAAUUUGAACUAAAGAUGGAGAAUUGUUGUCAUUGUUGACUAGUUCAAAUGCUCUGUCUGUAUUACUGCUAUAUUUUAAAAUUAUAAUUGUUAAAUAAACCGAAAGCUAUUAAAUGUGGUGUUCGGAAUAUUAUUCUAAAGGUAACACUGAAGCGACGGUGAUGCACCCUUCAUUACAGAGAUAAGUUGGUAGCACUGUAGCCAUCAUUUUGGUAGCUUGACAGUUGUCGAUCGGUUCUCUAUAUAUACUCUGUAGUUCUAUACUCUGUGUUAUUUUAAUGGAAUGAAUUUCUUGAAUAUUUGAAUCUAGAGUCAAGCGCUCUAUGGACGUGAAAAUUAAACCAUUGAAAAAAAAUUUAUUGAUUUACGGUAUCAAUAGUUUUUCAGAAUAUUAUUAUAUGAUAUAUUAUAAUAUAUAUGCUAUUAUGCAUAUUUACUACGCUUCGAGAAAUUUCCAUGUUUGCUACGGUAUCAAUAGGCAACUGUUUUUGAGAAUACAACGAGUUUUAUGAAUAUCCACUACGCUUUAAGAAAUAUCCAUAGUGUAUAGUUAUUUCAAAAGCGCAGGUAGGUAUUUUAAAGCUGUGGUGACCGUUCUGGGGCCGGUUAGAUCCAAGACGUUCGUUGUGACGUACAUUUAUUAUGAUCAUAAAAUCAUUUGUGAAUGCUGUAUAGUCCUUAACUUGACAUUCGGUUAGUUCAGCUUACCCCCUGAAACGUUUGGGUGACAAAUAUGUUUUUGACAGAUGUCACUAAAACAACAUGGUCGCCACAUGCCGCCAAAAUCUGCCCGCAAUUGAAAAUCCCUGAAUUUAAAUUUUGAAACAAAUUAACAGAAAUACAAGAAGUUUAUAGUAUGGUUAUUAAUUUAUUUUUCAGAUACUUUUGCUUGUAGAUUGCUAAUUAUUUUCACAUUACUGUUUACCUAGUCCCCCAUAUACAAUCGUUAUCAUAUACUCUUUCUAUAUAAUUAUAGUAACUAGUAAAUAGAAAAACAACUUCAGUUUUUAUGCUUUUCUUUAUUUCGUUACUUAUUUAUCUUCUAUAAUUAUAAUUGUUUAGAGUACUUCUAUAUAUUCCUUCUUUAGCCCAGUUAAAAUUAAGCUUGUAUUAUUUCUAGUCGCAUUAGUUUGUUUUCCGAGCAUUCCUUCAAACUUUUAGGUUAAAUUAUUUGUGCAAUAUAUUUAAUUUCUUAAUUAAAUAAGAUAUUUGAUAAUUUUGGAUUCAAGUAGGUAUUGUACAUAAACACCCGUUUAAAACUCAAUAUAAUUGUUUUAUACGUUGCUCGUACAAUCAUAAAUUGUGUAAAGGUUUUUCCGAAAUAUAUAAUUAAUUUACCCAGAUAAUGAAAGAUUUAUAUAAUGAUUGUUAAUUUUGUUUCACCGCACAACUAUUUAUUGUCCACAUGUUAUGUCGUUUUAAUUUUAUUAAAUGAU